AUGAGGCGGAAGCAGGGGGGGGGUUUCCUUCCGGGGAAGUGUGGAAGCCAACCUUCCUCUCUUCGAUGGGAGCUGCCGAGGGGGGGGCUUUGCUCUCCCUCCACCUCACCCGCCCCGUCGAGGCUGGAGGCUUUUCCGGGGCCAGGAAGGCUCAACCUGCUCUCCUUCCUUAGAUACAACGACCUCCACACCUUUGAGCUUCAGGAUCCCACCCGAGUCAUCGAGUGGAUCGGAGAGAAAAGUGUCUGCGUCGCCGGAUAUGAAAACCCGAGAAGGAACGAGAUCCUCCAGCUGCUCCUGCCUCAGAGGCUCUGCUCCAAAGGGAACCAGGGCCUGUGUCCGGAAAGAGACUUCAAGGUGGAACUGGGUGGCUUUUCUGACCGCCCUGUCUACGGCCUGAAGCAUGUGCCUCAGACGAGCCUGCUGGUGACGAGCGGCCCGCCAGACGGUGCGCUGCAGGUGUGGCGCAUGGAACCAGAGGAGACAGGGGUCAUUAAGCCGGUGACCACCAUCCCUCCCAGCCAAGGAGACGAGCAUUCCUUCUGCAUGAAAAUGGCCACCACUUCCUCCCGGGCCGCCCGCGUCCUUCACGGGCUGAAAAUGAACAACAUCCAGAUGACGGAGGUGGAAUCCCAGAAAACCAUCUUUACUGCAGGUAGCUUUUCUUCUUGCAGGCUGCAAAAGCUCUGGGUGAUCCCUCGGAUCCCUUUCCCAUUUUCCCUCCCUUCGGGACACCCCCCCGUGCAUCUUCUGGACCCCCCAAAACGGACUGUAACCUAUCUCUGUCUUUCUCUCUCUGCACCAGGUCCGGGUCUCCCUUCAGCUCCUCCAAUGAGGAUUGAGUUUGGCUCCCGACGUUUGUGCUUUUCAAGACGUGUGGAAGCGCUCCUGGCCGUCUCUUUUGCGCCUCUGCUGGAGGAUCACUUGGCCGUGUCUGGAGGGACGUGUUCCUACGAGACGCACCAGUGGGAUUCUGCGACGCAGGAAGCCCAGCCCACGUUCCUUCACAAAGAACACGUCUUUGGUGGACCCGGUGGGGCCAGAGAGCCGCCCCUGGUGACCGCUCACACGUGGCACCCCUCUAAGCCCCGGACGUUGUUAUCGGCAGCCAGCGACGGGUCGCUCCACGUGUGGGACUGGGCUGAUCCCCAAGGGGGUGCCACCCAAGCUACAGGGUUUGCCCCCUGAAGUCCGCCGUUGUUACAAGCAAACGGGGAACGUUCAAGGAAGGUGUUCGCACAUAACCUCUAGGGCCCACUCCCCCCCACACACACAAAGCAUCUCCAGUUAGCGGUGCUGUUUCGUGUGGCUUGCGCUCCAGUGGCUGGAUCUUGCCUGAUGGGAGACGGGAGGAGAGCAGCGAGAAGCAGAGAAGGGGGCACAGUGGGAGGUUUAUGUUGUGAAUGUGGGGUGAGUCCUUGCCCCACUGAGCCUUAAAAUGUGAGUGGGGAAGGCCUGACCCCUAGCACGUGUCCAUUAGAGAUGGGAUCUGGGGAUUACAGAUCCCAUAAUUCUCCAGUCUGGAUGUUCUACAUGACAGGCAGACACUGUACAGACGCCGCAAUGUGGCUCACCUGGGACAAAGGCCACAUCCACCAAGAGUGGCCUUGGGCUAGAUGAGCAGUAUACAAAUCGAAGGAAGGAAUAAACAAAUGAAUAAAUAAAAUAAACUGGGAGGCUUUGAGGCUGAGCUAGGCCUAGCUGUGCCUAGCUUCCU